CACAUUUCUACUGUCAAAAUAUUUCACAUUCGCGAUUAAGAAUUAAUUUUUUUUUCGCAGCGUGAUUAUUCAUAAAAAAAGAGAUAAUUAAAUUUUCCAAAUAAAAAAUGGACCACAAAAACACCUUACGUGUCCAGAAUGGCGAUACAACAAAUGGAGAAGAAGGCAAGACACCGUUUCUUAUUGGUGUUGCGGGUGGAACAGCAAGUGGAAAGUCAACUGUAUGCAAGAAAAUCAUGGAACAACUUGGACAAGCUGACAUGGAUCAUGCACAGCGUCAAGUGGUGACAAUAAGUCAAGAUUGUUUCUAUCGUGAAUUAACUCCGGCGGAAAAAAUCAAAGCCCAAAAGGGACUCUUCAAUUUUGACCAUCCAGAUGCUUUCAAUGAGAAAUUAAUGUUUGAAACACUUCAAUCAAUAUUGAAAGGAUUAAAAGUUGAUAUUCCAACUUAUGAUUAUAAAUCAAAUUCAUUGGAUUUUGAAAAUACAAUGACCAUCUAUCCAGCUGAUGUUGUUCUCUUCGAAGGAAUACUUGUUUUCUAUUUUCCACAGAUUAGAGAACUGUUUCACAUGAAAUUAUUUGUUGACACUGAUUCUGAUACGAGAUUGGCGCGAAGAGUACCAAGAGAUAUUAAUGAACGUGGUCGAGAUUUGGAUCAGGUACUGACACAGUACAUGACAUUUGUGAAGCCAGCUUUUGAAGAAUUCUGCUCACCGACCAAAAAAUUUGCCGAUGUUAUAAUUCCCCGAGGAGCUGACAAUACUGUUGCUAUUGAUCUCAUUGUUCAUCAUAUUGGAGAAAUACUAAGACCUGGCGGCACACCAAAUAACUCAACAUCAACAACGCAUUUCGUCAUGAAAAGUGAACAUUAAGAAAAAAGUAUAGAGUUUAUUAUUUAAAUAAUUUUUAAGUCAUAAAAUUAACCUCAAUGCGCAAAAGCAAAAUUAAUAAAUAUAAAUAACAAAAACAAAAACAACAAAAUAAACGAAAAAAAAUAUCUCUAUAGAUUUGGAAUGUUUGGUUAAAAACAUGCAAAUAAAAACUCAUAAAAAGAGCUGUAGUACAGUUUACAACAACUUUUUUACCCUAUAUACACUAAGUUUUAUUAUUCAAUUUAAUAUUCUUAAUAAAUUUAUCUAAUAUCUUCGGCCUAACGCUAAAAACAGAUAACUUUAAAAUUACAAAUCCUAAAAUUUUAUAAAAUUAUUGUUUUGAGCAGAAAGAGAAGGUGGUCGAAACCAUUAUGAGCUGCUAUGAUAGGAUUAAUGUUGCAAAAGUUCUGUGACAGAGUGUAACAAGUUUAAAAUGCAGCAUCAGCCCAGAAUAGAAGGCUGUCGUGAUAAAAGUGGGAACACGGUACAAAUGUGAUUACAUUUCAAUCUCAAAGAAUUUCUAGCUGAUUUAAAAAAAAAUAAUUCGUUUUUACUUAAGAACGCUUAAAAAACACAUUGAAGUAUCAUAAAAAUAAACUACUUAUUGAAUAAAUCAAGCGAGAAAUAAUGCAUUUUUCCUGUAUAUGAAACAAGCCGAAUACUCUUUUAUAUUACUUCUCGAAGGAGACAUUUAUUUCGAUUAACAAGUAGCUAUGUAGGAUGGCUAAGUUAACAAAAAAUGUUAUAAAAAAGCUUAUUUUACCAAUUUCAUAACCACGUUGGAUCCGAAGAUUAAAUUCAAAUUGAAGUGUGAUUUCAAUGCUCCAAUUCUUCCUAAACGGAAAGUUUCAUAGUAUCGAAUAUCACACUUCAUUGCGAUUUAAUUACUGCAAAUAUGUAAUGAAAUUAUUUUUAAAUAAUUGUAUAAAAAAAUAGAGUUAUCUGCUUUUCACGAUAAGUCAAAGUUGUUUUAAAAAGAAAUAAAUCAUUUUUUUUAGAAUAUCUAUAACUUAGUUAAGAUUUAUUGUUAUGAUUUAUUUCAAAUAGUUUUCACAAAAAAAAAUCUUAUAAAAUUAGAGUUGAACUCUUUCAUAUAAAAAUUUAUAAAUCAAGUUUAAAAGUAAGGCACAAAUAAA